UCCAGUAAAUCUUACUAGACAACGUCUUGGUUUCCACGAAACCUGUUUUGCCCAAUUAAAACUGAACGAUAAGGAGGAUUUCUUUAAAGCAACGCGAAUGAGUGUCCCCAAGUACAAUGUCCUUUUAACUCUGCUUAGAGAAAAGCUUCAACGGUUUUCCAGGAGAGAGCCAAUAAACGAAGACACCCGCUUGGGAAUUACUUUGACAUACUUAUCACAAGGCUGCAGUCCACAGUUUUUGGCUUGGUCCCACAAAAUUGGCGUUUCUACAAUAAGAAACAUAAUUGACGAAACAUGUGAUGCGAUUUGGAGCGAAUUACAUUCAGUAUAUGUUUCCCCACUAAAUAAAAGAGAGUGGAAGGACAUUGCCGACAGGUUUUAUGUGAAGACAGGAAUGCCGCAUUGCCUUGGCGCAAUAGACGGUAAACACAUAAGAAUAGUUUGCCCUAAGCGUAGUGGUUCUCUCUACUACAAUUAUAAAAAGACAUUUAGUAUCGUCUUAAUGGCAAUGUGUGAUCCCGACUAUUUGUUCCUGUUUGUCGAUGUAGGUGCGUUGGGAAGCCAAAGCGAUGGAGGAAUCUUCGCUCGUAGUGCGUUUGGAAACAUGAUACUGAGAAACAAUCUUGAACUUCCUCCUGCUGAUAAUAUUCCCGCUAAGUUAAAUAUAUUUCAAUACUAUUUUGUGGGAGACAACGCUUUCCCCCUGAAGCCGAACCUAAUGCGCCCAUAUCCAGGUCGGAAUUUGUCAACAGCUAAACAAAACUUUAAUAAAAAACUUUCAUCUGCCCGAGUACAUAUUGAAAACGCUUUUGGUAUUUUGGCAAAUAGAUGGCAAAUACUCCACACGACUAUCCACGCAGCACAGAAAAAAUUUGGAUAAAAUAGUACUAGCCACAGUAGUUCUCCACAACUAUUUAAUGCUUGAUAGAAACAGCGGCUACUUCG